CAGCUCUCCAAUGAGAGGUAAUGGGAUACGCUUUCGCUCGGGAAAUUUAGUAAAGGACAAAAGAUUUCUUUGUCUUCUAAUUUCUCCUCAUAAGGGAACAAAGAAAUCUUUUGUGUUCAACUAAAUUUCUCGGGAAAAUUUAGAAGACAAAAGCGUAUGCAUCGGUAAUGAGGGAAAUACGCCCGUGGGAUUUACAUUCCCUUUCAGAACAAUGAAAAUCGAGGUAAUCAUGGUAUUUUGCUUAUCCUGGAAAAAAGCCAUAUUUUGGAGAUCAGUGAGGAGGCCCACCCAUACUUUUGACUUCGCUAAUGCUUCCCUUUCUCCGGGUAUAAAUGGCCGAGUGGAAUUAGUAGCCUCUCCCCGGUCCGGGCUAACGCAUGGAACGGCGCAUUGCGCCGUUGGCUUGGGGAGAACAAGUCAAUAUCAAAUGUUGCCAUUUGAUCGCGCGACUCAGUUCAAUAUCUUCAAGGUGCAUCCAAAUUCCAUCCUGGUGCCGGCAAAAACGCGCAAAAAAGACCUUGCUCAAAUGACGCAAUGUUUAUUUCUUUAUAUCUAUUGUUUUUCCAUGGUAUGAUAUUUCGUUUCCCCACUCUCAAAACCUAACUAUAAAAUUAUACUGACAGGACAGGUGAAAUGCUUUGAAUGACGUAGCUUAUAUUCCCGUUAGGUUUGGAUACAUGGUGGAUCGUUUCGGCGCGGAUACACUGGCUUGUAUCCAGGUUCGAAUUUCGUAGCAGUCGGGGACGUGAUACUGGUGACGAUCAAUUACAGAUUAUCAGCUCUUGGAUUUCUCACAACUGGAGAUAACAGGAUUAAAGGUACGCCAUCGCAAAAUGUAAAUUUCACAGAUUUAGUUUCACUGAUGAAACGACGUUUCUGAUAGCUCUUAAUAAUUAACAAUUUCUAUCCAUAAAGAAAUAAAUCGUUUGGAACAACAACCUAUAGGGAGCGAUGAAUUCACUCAACACCGCGACGCUUUAGCUCCGAUCAGUUGUUUAGAGCGCUGCACCGAAAUUGCAUGGCCGCAGAUUCAAGAAUUUGUGUUAUUAUGCGUUCGAACUUCGAAGUAACAUGCAUAUCCACAAUAAUCCAAGAUGGCGGACAGCUGACUGAUUUAUGUCCAAUGAUUUUAAUAAGGUCAAAAUAUUUCGAGUUUUCCAUACAUAGUUUUUCAUAUAUAGUUUCCCCGGCUAUUUACAUCCGAGGAAACGAAAGCACUAAUGAUCGUGGGUGACCGUGCGUGUAGGGUGGGUGGUCAUCCCCUCUGAUCUCAAAAAUAUCGCGAAUAGCGAACACUAAUUGGUCAAAUUUAAAAUUUGCAUUAUAAUGACUGCAUGACCACAGUAAAAUAGCAAAUAUUUCUUGAUUUGAUCAUUUUUUGCAAAUUGUUUCAUUUUUGCAAGAUUUUGUGAAUUUCAAGACCUUUUUAAGAAAAUAAAGGCGAAAGAAUUGCUAAAAGAAAGGAGUAAAGGCGCCGUAGCCAGGCAUAUUUUUCAAGCUUGCCCGGUGUAGAUAUACACUCAGAGUAACAUCACAAACAUCAUAUUCACCUGAGUACAUAACACCAACACAGAAAAAUCAUGAAGGUAAGUUUGUUUUAAAUAUUGAUGUAUUGUUUGCUUUAUAAUUGCUUUAAAAGCUGAUUGUUGUGUAUAUUUUAAAUGAGAAAAGACAGCAUAUAAUUUCAGUGUUUCUCUAUUGAUUACCCUUUUUAUUAUAUUAAAAUUUUUAAUCAAAAAAGAAAGCAAAGUUAUUUGAAUCCGAGAAAUUGUAAUCAUUUUAUUUAAUGAACUCAAACUUUUUCGAUAAAGGAAAUUUAAUUCAUAAAGAACAUUUAGACCGUCUUGCGAAAGGUUUGAGGUCGAAUUUUACCUUAAAUUGAAGCUUACUGUAUAUUACGUAUAAUAACACACCUAACAUAUAUUUUUGGGGAAUUGAUAAAUUUGUAAUUAAAAAUAAAAUAAAAGUGAUAUUUUUAGGGGAUUUUUCAUUUGUAAAAAUAUUCUUAACAAAAUUAUUAUGACAACUACUUUAAAUACUUCACGUUCGGAAAAUACAAUGGUUUUAUCAGCAAGGCGUGGGGUUUCUGCAUGCAUGUAUUUUCUAAUUAAAAUAAUGGAAACAAAAUUUUUAUUGUCACAUUGUAUUCUUUUAAUAUUGGUUCUUUGUGAUCUUCAGGUAACCUCGGUCUGUAUGAUCAACGUUUGGCGAUGAAAUGGGUUAAAGAAAACAUUGCAUAUUUUGGUGGAAAUCCAAAAUCAAUCACCAUAUUUGGCGAGAGUGCUGGAGGUGCGAGUGUCUCAGCACAUACGUUAUCUAAAGGUAGCUGGGAGUUGUUUGACAGAGCGAUCUUGCAAAGUGGAAACAUGCUUAUGCCGUGGGCGAUUAUGACAGAUUCCUAUAUCAAAGAUGGAUUAAAAUGGUUUCUAGGAAAAGUUAAUUGCGACAAUGAUGAAAAUGUGCUUGAAUGUCUAAGAAAUGUGACUGAAGACACAUUAAAAAUAGCGGUGAAUAGCAAAGAAUUUGGUGGAAUAUGGACUGCGCCUAAUGUUGAUGGAGAAUUCAUUGCUGAUAAACCACAAAAAUUAUGGGAGGACCGAGACGUCAAAAUACAAAAUAUAAUUAUUGGUAUUACUAAAGAUGAAAUGUUUGUGGGCCAGCAACAAUUAUUGCAAAAGUCGACGAACAUAAGCUAUUAUUUGAAAAAUUUCGAGGAAUUACUAAAGAUGCAUUUCAAGAAUUCAUCCAAAGCGGUGCAUGAGAAAGCGAGAGAAUUGUACCUACCGAAAUGUAUUCCUUCCUAUUUGGAAGCGUUAAAACCGAGCGUGGCAUUUGAAUCAGAUCGAUGGAUGAUUUGUGGGAGCAGACAGGAGGCCAAACUAAGAUCUAAACACAUGAAUACUACAAAUGUUUAUGUAUUUCAAUAUUCUCACGCUCCUUUGGCAAGCUAUAUCCCUUCGCUGUACCCUUAUGGAGUAUUUGGAUUUGCAGGCCAUGCACUCGAUGUUGAGGUAAGAAAUUCUGCUUUUUACACCGAACGAGCCAGUGUUAUACAAUGA